GACAUCACACAUCACAGACUGUGAACCAACACUUUGAUAAUUUUGUGAAAUUGCGUUGCAAAUUCUCGCGCUCUUUAAGAAAAUUAACAACGAAUUGUUGUAAGUGCAGCCAGUGUUCGUGUGUUGGGUUGUGUGUGUCAAUUAAGUGCUCAUUUAGUCGGUUGCAGAAAAUCUAAACAAAACUCGGGCACUAGGAAUACACAAAUUUUGCGCGAACAAAAAAAAAAAAAGAAGGCAGCAACAACAACUACCAAUACAACAUCACAACAAUUGCAACGUGUGUGUGCACGCGAUAAAGAAAAACCUUGUUAUUUGUCUUGUGUGAAUUGGUGGACGACCAUACUACAAGCGUAUUUCGCUAAUUUACAUAUUCUGCGUUUCUGCGUUGAACAAUGCCUAAGCGUGGCGGUGGCGGCGGUGGCCAAAGAUACAACAAUAAUAAUGCUGGCAAUGGCAAUGGAAAUGGAGGUGGCAACAAUGGUGGCGGAGGAGGAUCUCGUUUCUCGGCUCUAAAAGACUUUGGUGAUGACGAUCAUCAGCGGCGUAAGGAUCGGAACAAGCGACGCGUCAGCUUUAAGACAUCACAGUUUCCCCAUAAGAGCGAUGUGAAGUUGCGUAUGCAGGACGUGCGACGUUGGGAUGAGGACGAUGACAUGAGUGAAAUGACCACCACAGUAAAGCAGGAUCGGCCCAGUUCCAGGCGACGUGGUUCACCAAUUCCUCGUGGCAAGUUCAGCAAGCUGAUGCGGAAUGCCGUUGGCUGGUAUCAAGUUACGAUACACAAUGGCCAGAUCUACGACAAGGAGACGCUGUUGCGCGCCUUGCUGGCGGCAAUGUCACCGCACGUCUUCAUCCCGCAAUAUUGGCGAGUGGAGCGCAGCUGCGUCCUUUUCUUUACGGAUGACUUUGAGGUGGCCGAGCGCAUACAACAGCUGGGCAGGCACGCCCAGUUGCCGGAUGGAUUCCGUUUGAUGCCGCGUGUGCGCAACGGUAUUCCAUUGGUCACCAUUGACGAUGAGUUCAAGGCCAAGAUGAAGGUUGUGAUGGCCAAGCGAUACAAUGUGCAGACCAAGGCCUUGGAUUUGUCCAAAUUCCACGCCGAUCCCGAUAUGAAGCCACUGUUUUGUCCGCUCUUUCGUAGCAAUGUGAUGUCAUGCGCCCUGGACAUAAUAUGCGAAAAUAUUCCCGAUUUGGAGGCAAUCAAUCUGAACGAUAAUCAAAUGAGCACCAUGGAGGCAUUCAAGGGCGCCGACAAGCGUUUGCCAAAUCUCAAGAUACUUUAUCUGGGCGACAAUAAGUUGCAAUCGCUGGCCCAUCUGCUGGUCUUUCGUUACUUGCCGAUUGUGGAGCUGGUUUUGCGCAAUAAUCCGUGCCGUUUGCGCUAUAAGGAUCCACAGCAAUUUGUCAGCGAAGUAAGACGAAAGUUUCCCAAACUUUUAAAGCUGGAUGGCUUUGAGUUGAGCGAAUCGAGCGGCGUCAUGCCACCGGCCAAGGCAUCGUUUCUAUGCGACAGCGCGGGCGCUGAGUUGGUUCGACAAUUUUUGGAGCAGUACUUUAACAUCUUUGAUUCCGGCAACCGACAGCCGCUGCUCGAUGCCUAUCAUGAGCACGCCCUGCUCUCCAUUUCCAUGCCUCCGAUGGGUCAGGGUGGCAGACUGAACAACUUCCGGAAGUUCAAUCGUAAUCUGCGUCGUAUUAUAAGUAACGAACGCGACGAUCCACGCACAAAGUUCCUGAAGAGUGGUCGUCUCGCUUGCGUAUCCACCCUCGACGAAUGGCCACGCACAGUCCACGAGCGUCGCACCUUCUCUGUGGAUCUGACCAUAUACAAUCCCCAAAUGAUGGUGUUCACUGUAACAGGUCUGUUUAAAGAGUUCACUGGCGACACGGACACCUCGACGACUUACGAGUUGCGGCACUUUGUGCGCACAUUUGUGCUGGUUCCACAGAACACGGGCUUCUGCAUUCGCAACGAGACCAUCUUUAUAACCAGCGCCACACCCGAGCAGUUGCGUGACUUCAAGCGCAGCCAGCAUCAGCCUGCACCGGGCGCACCAAUGACCAGCAACGUUGCAGUUGCAGCAGCUGUGGGCGAAACUUCGCUGCAGAAUCGUUUGCAGCAAGGUCAGCCACCAACAGCAGCUGUGGCACUGUUGCCACCACCGACAAUUCCACCGACUGCGACAGCGACAAGUGUCAAUCCCGCCCAACUCGACGAUGCAACCAAAAUGCAAAUGGUGCAACAGAUGAGCACACAGAGCCAAAUGAACCUCGACUGGAGUCGCAAAUGUCUCGAGGAAACCAAUUGGGAUUUCAAUUAUGCCGGUUUUGUGUUCCAGAAACUCUUUAAGGAAAACAAAAUACCACCCGAGGCCUUUAUUAAGUAGACACCUUCUCCAUCACAUCUAGCAAACACCAUAAACAAAUUCUUCAACACCAACAAAAGUAACACAUUUUUUUAAAUCCCAACAAUCAACAUAAUACCGUUAGCCGGAUUAAUCAAUUCUUUGAUAUAAUCUUAAUCCCAUUCAUUACCAAUAUGUUCUUUUAAACUUGUUGUAUCGUUGCUGUGUAAAGACGCUCUGGCAAAGCACGGUGUCUCUUGGUGUAUUUUAAAAUUCAUAUAGAUGUUAAUGCAAAAUUCUGUUUCGUUGUACACACAAAAUUCAAGUGUAUCCAAUAAUAUUCAUCAGUGCUUUGCCUUAGCGUAUAAAUUGAACACAUACUUAGUCCCACACCCAAAAACACAUAUAAACUUGUAAGAUAGCGUUGAAUUAUCCAAACACAAUUAACUGUAAAUUUCUAUAUAUUAGAUUUUUUUUUUGUUUUUGAAAUGUCUAAACUACGCAACGAUUAGCAAAUAUCAAUAUGCAGGCCACAAAACAUAAUUAGUUCGUAAACGUAAUUAGGCUUAACACUUUCAUAAUAAUAAAUCGCGUCAAAAUACAUGAUAAAUGUAAUCAAA